AUGGGUGGCGGUGGCUUUGGAGGCAUGCAAUCAGCUGCUUGCGAAACUGAAGAAAAAGACGGGCUUCUGGAGAACAUAUGGAUUCGAUUUCUUGCCGGAGGCUCUGAAAGAUCCUGUAUAACCUCAGAUGGGCAAACUCCCGCUUCAGACCUUGCAGAGGAGGAGGGACAAUCAGAAUUCAAUUAUUGUGGUGGAUUAUCAUCAGUAGAAGAUGUUGAAAGCCUCCAAUACCUUGAAGAACAGAGUAGAUUGCCAUCAGCUGGAAAUCUGGAACAAUCGAUGCCUAUUCCAAUGGCGGCUAAUGUAAGAACCCGUUCUCAAAUAGAAGAAUCUAAGCAUUUAAAUGUGAGUUCCGCCAUUCCUGAUAAGAAAGCUGGGGUUUUGCCGAAGCAGGGUGGAAUAGAAAAGCGUUACAGAGGGGUGCGGAGGCGUCCAUGGGGGAAAUUUGCAGCGGAAAUAAGGGAUUCGAUGAGGCAAGGGACAAGGCUUUGGCUGGGCACAUUUUCUACUGCACAAGCGGCAGCCAUGGCGUACGACAAAGCUGCUUUCAAAAUGAGGGGGCCUCGCACAUUCCUCAACUUUCCAGUUGAAAUUGUGUCUAGGGCAUUGGCACAUGACCUCGGUUCGGGAACCAAUUUCUCUCACCCCAGUCCUGCAAAUUUCCAUGAUAUUUUGUGCAGAAAAAGAGGAUCUUUGCAAGAAGAGCAACAGACACAGAUGAAAAGAUUCAAAACCCAGCCGCAAAUUUGGACUUGUGAUGGCUUUGGUGAUGAUAUUUUGGGGUCAUUAGAAUUGGAGGGAACAGAUUUUGGUACGGAUUAUUGGGAAGAAUUGCUUCUUUCUUCUGAAACUAACGAAUUCCUGAGCUUGUUAAAUCCGGAAAUGGCUAUCCCCUUAGGAUGCACCAAUGCAUAA